UCAAAAUGGAUACUUGAGGAUACUCGAUGAUGUAGUGAAGUGUUGUUUACAUACUAUUACAUAGUCUUAACGAAAAUGGAAGAUGCUAUAAUAAUAAAUAAAAUAGACAGAAUCAACCACUUGCAAUGCUUAAUACGUGAUGACUUAAAAGAAAUUGGAGUAAAACUGCCUAAAGAGAAAAAGGUUAAGAAACAACAACGGAGCCGUAGAAGAAGCAACUCAGUUGCACAACAGGAUAAAACUUUAAAAUUAUUCGGAGAACCACUUUCUCAUGUGCCGUGCACAUUUUUACCACAGUAUGGCUAUGUACCACAGUUCUUAAUUAAUGCUGCAGAAGUUAUAGAUAAAAACCUCGAAAGUGAAGGAAUUUUUCGAAAAUCUGGUGCUGUAAGUCGUCAAAAAGACCUAAAGCUUGCUGUUGAUGAGGGCAGAUCUCUUGAUGGGGCUAAUGCCUAUGAUGUGGCUGUAUUAAUAAAGCAAUUUCUUCGUGAACUGCCGGAGCCAUUGUUUAUUUCAAUUUAUAAUGAAUCUUUCAUCAAAUGUUAUCAGCUGCCUGCUGAUAAAGACCCUAAAAAAGCCCUCCUCCAGAUGUGCCUCCUCCUGCCAAUUGAAAAUAUAGGCACCUUGAGGUACUUGCUUCACCUGCUCUCCAGGGUGGCCAACAACUGUGAGAAAAACAAAAUGACGGCCAACAACCUGGCCCUAGUGAUGGCCCCUAAUUUAAUGCACAACAACAAAGGCGGGGAGAAGAUGAGCUCGGCCGAAGAAAAGCUCUUGCACAUCCAGGCAUGUAUUGUGGAAGUUUUAAUCAAGCACUGGGAAUUGGUUGGAAUGGUCAGCACAGCACUACAACAGCAGAUGAGCUUGAUGUCAGAAUGUUUUGGGACUGAUGAUGAUCUGGAUGCUAGUGAUGAUAAUACAUUGGGAGAUUCCAAAGAUGUCUCUCAUAAAAAGAGAAGAAAAAGAAGUGGCUCAUUGACAGGUCUAGUUAGCUCCAUCGCCCAAGGUUUUGCCAAACUGCGUCGCAGCACAGAUGGCAGGAGUAUAAACAUGUCAUCUAACAGCACCUACCCAGGGGAACUGUCGCUUGCCUCUGUGGAUUCCUCUAACCUGACCCAGCAGGAGAUGUCACUCAACAGUGUGACACCUUGUGUCAUGAGGAAGAGACGGGCCUCAGGGGAAACUGUGCCAUUUUCUGCUUCUAAGAAGAAAGCAAUUCUAGGCAACUUACCACAACGAUCAGCCCUCGCAUCUACGCCUUUUACUCCAGCUUCCAAUAUGAAGAAAGGUCUUCACUGUAAACCUAAAGACUUGGAUGUCACUGAUACGCCUCAGCUGAAUGCAACCACCCCAGCUCUUGGUGUGAAGACUGCACGUAAAAAACUGAGCCUCUUUGCUUCUCCAAAUAGUCACAAGAAAGUUAAAAGGCAAACUUCAGCGUCCGCCCGAAUAGAGUCACCCCCAACCCAAGUCAAGCCUGGGAAAAGUAAAAGUAUAUUUAGAAGGCUUAGUGGGAACCGUGAAAAGGUGGAUUUUGUUGGGGAACGUCUAGCAUACUCAGUUCAUGCAUCACCCAAAAGUACCUUGUCAGAUUCCAUCCUGUUUGAACAGAAGGGCAACAUACUACGCAGUCUGUCCUCCCCCACUCUACAAGAUGUGGAGUUCUCUGUCUUGGCCGUGGAUGAUGCUGUAUCCCUGAACAAAGGCUUUAUUGAUGAGCUGGAGGAACAGAACCUUGCCAGACAGGCAUGCAGCUCUUCAGUUGGGGAUGUUAGCCGACAGGGCCUGGAUGCUGUGGACUCUGUCAGGGUUCCAGUGAGGUCCAAAUCAGUGGACAGCCCUUGCCUGAAGCGAGGCCAGCCUAACACAAUAUACAACGGGCUGUUAAAAGGAGACCCGGGAUCUGGGGCUAAACACAAAGGCAAGCUGGACAAGUCUUUAAUUAGUGGACCAAGCCCGAUUAUUGUUCCUGUGCUGGACAACGCAUUGGCCAUUAAACCUGACAGUGCAUUGAGAAGGAGCAGGAGAGAUGACUUUGAAAGAGCAAGGAUGAGACGCGUGAAGCCGGGGAGCUCUUGUGAGAGGGAAACAAAUUCCCGACUGUUGUCUUGUGAUAUGGACAAGAGUGUGGCGUCGCAGCUGGACGUCAGUUUGAUGGAAGUUGUUUUACCACCUCCGCAAGGCUUUGGGGAUCAGACCGUAUGUGAGGACAAGGUCUCGCACGCGGAAGACGAAGAUGAGGAAAUCGACGUCGGCUCUGAUUUAGAAUCCGAGGCUGGGUUUUCCACCAUUUCUGGGGGGACGGUAAUUCGUAGGGCUGAGACUGGCCUGUAUUACAAGCCAGGGGUUACUUCUCUCUCUGGAUCAUCCAUUGUAAGCUCGGUCUCAUGUGAUUCUCUAAUGAAGCCAGCCAGCACAAUGGUAUCCCAGCUGCAGCCUUCAAUAAGCGUGGACAGCUUGCUGUCAGUAGAAAGCCGGAUGUCCUCUCACAACAGCACAUUGUCAACUCUAGGGCUCAGCAUUUCAUCUGACAGCGGGAAGGGCUCAAUGCUUGGGGAAACAUCGGAUCAGUUCAGCAUCUCAUCUGAACACACCAGUGGUUCUCAAAUCCAUGAGGUUGUGAUGAGGCACCAAGGGUCUAAUAAAACCAAAUGUAUUCAGUCAGUGCUUGAGGACAGCAGAGGGUUGCAGAUGCUGUGUGAGAACUACACAUCAAUGUCUGAAGACGACUCCACUGAGUCGAAGUCCCUGGACACCACCUUAGGCUCCCACCUUGACGAGUUAGAAAACAUGCCAACACAGUCAGAUGUGUCACGCAAGAAAUCAAUAUCUGCUGAAGACCUACAAGCGGCUGAAAACAAGGUCAGUGUACCAGUGCGUGCUCACAGCAUGUACGUAUCUCCUUGUAAAAAGUUCCACUUCAAACCACAUUUAGAAAUAACGAAACAAACCCACAACAUCCUGGCCCGGGCUGGAUUUUUUAAACCUUCAGAAACAAAGUCCAACGUCAAGGAUGUGCAGGUGCCAGUGAAGUCACCCAAACGCUCAAGCUACAGAGAAGAGAUGAUGAUGUCACUACGGUCUAGCUUCCAUGAGCGCCACACAAGGUUGAAUUCUUCUCUACGGUCACUGAGAAGUCUACCCAACAGAUCUUUUGAGCACUCAGCGAGCUCUAAACCUGAACCACUCACCCUGACUAGAAAGGAUGCAAACAAGGAAGAAGUGACAUCCUCACGUUGUGCUGAGCCCAGUGGUAACAAGCCCUCUCCUCCUGAGCUUGAUAGUACAGAAAUUGAUGUAGAGAAUGUCAAUGUGGAGAGCGAUGACUUUACUAGUGAAGUUCAAGAAAGGGUUGAAGUUAGAAAUGAUGAAGUAAAAAGUGAAAACAUCCAGUCACCCAUAAAAGAUGAAAGCACACCUGUGAAAGGUCAUGACGAAGUUAAAAGUGAAAACAUCCAGUCACCCAUAAAAGAUGAAAGCACACCUGUAAAAGGUCAUGACGAAUUCCAGAAGCCUGUAGUUGGUAGAAAAAAGCUGAAGGAUAUCAAGGAAUCCCUGACGCUGUCCGCCAUUCUAGAUAAAGAAAUAGCACAGCAGGUGCAGAUCAAAAGAGCCGAAGUCAUUUUGCCCAAGCACGACAGCAUUUCCAACAUACAGCAAGCAGGAUUUGUGUCCCAAAACGUGAAGCAGUUCACCCAAAAACUUGGGAAAGAUUCCAAUUUUUCCCUACCUCCUACAUCGAGGAGGGGCAAUUCACCUGUGAGAAUACCCACAAUUUUUGCUAAAAGUCAGAAGGAGGCUAAGCGGUACAGGGAAAUGGCCCAGUUUUCAAGGGAAAGGAGUGGCUUCAAACCUAGUGAUUUAGGAUCCACCGAGGCUCAACUUGCAGCUGACCUGAUUGUAGGAGAAAAACAAGUGUCAGCAUCUAAACAAACACCUGGCGGCUUUGAAACUCCCCUAAAAAAUUGCCAGAUAGAGCUCAGUGACAGUUUGAUGGAGACUAUCAAUGAUGUCUGCACACCUAGAGCUGAGAAAGUUUUAACCUCUUCUGAGGAAGAGUUCCUAGUGAAAUCUCCUUUAAAGGAAUCCACAAACAUUGUCCAGUCUGCUGUGGUUUCUAGUUUAAAGACAUCAAGCCUGGCAGAAAAUUACAAAAUAUCUUCUCAAACAAGAGCCCAACGCAGGAGUGGACUUGGCGGAGAGCGAAGUUGCACAGCGGCUGUUCCAGGAAAGGGCCGCCUGCAAGUGAAAAGGUUAAAAAACCAAAGCUCUCCAAACAGACUGAACAUUUCCCCACGUCGACUAAAGCACAUCUCUCCCCACAGAAUUAACCACAUGUCGCCUCGCAGGCUCAAUCACAAAUCCCCAAAAACAAAGUCACCCCAUAACACCAAGUCACCAUAUAACACCAAGUCACCACAUAACACCAAGUCACCUCAUAAUACCAAGUCACCACAUAACACCAACAUGAAUUCGCCUGCAAAAUUGUAAACUUUUUUUGCUUUAUGUUGCUUGUACAAACCAUCUAAUGUUAUAAUUAUAAAACUUAAGCAGAAAUUUUCAGCCCUCAGUCCUACUAGCAUCAUGUUUUACAUCAAGACCUUAAAAAUCUUUCAUCUUGCAUUAAUAUUCUCCAGCUUAAGAAUUUUGACCAAACUUUUUUGAGGUCAUGUUUUAAAUACCAUAAGUGCUGAGGGCUCUUUAUUGUUUUUUAGCUCACGUUAACUCAUAGGUUGAUCUAUUGUAUCACUUAUUCUUGAUGUGUAUUCACGGUUCUAGAUAUCAUCUUGACCAUUUGUAAAUAAUUCAAAUUCUAUGCCAGAUUUUCUAUCCAUCUAAGGUGGACUCAAUAAAGAAUAUGUGAUUCGUUUUUUUUUUAAAUUAACAACUUAGUGUACAAUAAUCAGGAUUUAGCCUUCACUCCCAAGAGAGCUGUUCAGUUCCUGCUUCACACAAAAUGAUUAUCAGAUGUCUUUCAGUGUGUUCAGUCAUCAAAAUAUUUGAUGAUUGAAAGGACUUACCACUAUGUUGUAUGUUGAAAGUUGUGACUUGUUUCUGCUCAAAAACUAAGUCAGGGGUACUAGUAUUUAACUAUUUAACAUUGAUACUAAUUAUUUUAAAAGAACUGGUUGUGACUUUUUGAGAAAUCUGCUUUCUCAUGCAGAUCAUUCAACUUUUUUGGUACUUAUUUUUUUAUAUUCACAUUUUUUGAAGUAAUAAUAUAAUAAAGUCAAAUAUUUUUUUUACAAAAUUCCAGGAACUGUAAAUUUUAAGGGUUGUUAUUAUGUUGUGUAGAUGUUAUCAAAGUGAAACUGUGGUCAGAUAAUUUUUUAUACAUUGACAAAGAGAUUCUUGAUUGUCUAUACAUCUUUUUAAAAAUACAUUAAUCAGAAAACCUCCAUUCUAAUGACCAUAUUUAUUGUUUUUUAAACAUUUUUCUGCUUGGUAAAAUAUAAUCUAUGCAUCAUAGUUGUCUUAGCUUGUAUGUGUGUGGCAGAUAUUGGGCCUUGAGUUUGGCUGCUGGUGGAUACAUUUUGUCUGGAACAAGAGAUGUGGUUUCAUGUGUAGAUUACACUCUGGCUUUGUGUGUCAAUACAUUGUCAGAUGCUUCUCUUGUAGGAGCAUAUUGUAAAAUAACUGCUAUUUUUAAAUUUUAUUUCAUACGUUUAUGUUUGAAUUUGUAUGAUUUUAGUGGGUUAUGUUGUAGUGUAGAAAGUUUUUUAAGUUAUAGGAAAGACUAGAGUUGGUCAUGGUGAUUUUUUUUAGAGUAGGAUAGUGUAGGUAUCAAUUUUAGUUUGUAGGUUAAUACACUUUUAUAGAACUCUUGUACAUUUUUAUGUUUAACAUUUCCUUGCAAUUUAAAACGUCGGCAAAACCACAAAUGUUAUUUGAAAUGCUUUACAAAAUAAUAGCCCCUGCUUUAAAAAUAAAUUGUUGAGCAUUAAUUAAGCUUUUGCACAGUGCCUUUUCUCAUACUCUUGUACUGACUGAAAACUUUUGAUAUUUUAUAUACAAGCUUGUCUAUGUCCAUUGCUAUUGAAGCCAGAAACAAAAUCAGUUUUGUUAAAUAAACUACUAAAUUGUGCUGCAAUAAUUUCAGUGUGUUGUUGCUGAUUGUGGAAGGUAUGUAUUUAUGAUUACAGAGAAACAAAAUAUAUUUCAGUAAUUUUUAUACAGUGACAUUUUUUUUUAAAGAUGUUGUUCUAAUGUUUAUGGUGUUUAUGUACAUUUUGUAUACAAGGCUGAUUUAUCAGUUCUUUUAAAUUUAAAUUGAACACUAAUGCCUUCUCUUUAUUUAACUUUACAAUAAUAAACUGCUUUUUUUUGCUGAAGCUUGAGUUUA